AUAUUAGUAAUUUUGGCGAAAUUUAGAUGGUAAAAAUGUGAAGUCACUGAACGGACCGUUGGGAAUGCGGUUCUUCUUCUACGGCUUUGACAAAGCGGCACAAGCGCCCCCUGCGGCCUGGAGGCCACACUGGCGAAACGCUCCGUCUACGAAUGCCGUUCAAAAGCCCAUUCACAUUAUUUACAGUUUAACGGGAAUAUUGUGGGUGCGGUGAUAAUAUGUUUGGGUGAACAUUGGUGACUGUAUUUAUCGUUGUAAAUUAGAAUGAAUUUGUCUUCGGCUUAUAAAAAGAUCAUACAUGUGGGUCCAUAUUAGUAUUUUGUCGACAUUUAGGAUCGCAAAACUGUGAAGUCACUGAAGGGACCGUUGGGGAAUGCGGUUCUUCUUUUACAGCUUUGACAAUGCGGCACUUACUGCGCAUGCGCAACUUUACAGGAAGUGUUAACAUUUUCUUUUACCAGCUGAUAUCGCCAAAUUGUCAACAGUCGAGACUGCAAUAGCUGCGCCGCUGAAACGACAGAAAAUACGAUAAAAGGAGUGAAGAGAGGUCAACACUCUGGAAGGCAGCGCAGGUGACUGACUGACUCCCCAGAAGCAAUCUUUCUCCACCCCAGGGAGGAGGCGCAGCCCCCCUGCCGUUUCCUACGUGGGCCAGUAUGAGCUCCAGAGGGAGUGGAGGCCGCACCAACGGCACACUACCACAAACCAAGAUCUGCCAGUUCAAGCUGGUGCUGCUGGGCGACAUGGCGGUGGGCAAGUCCAGCCUGGUGCUCCGCUUCGUCAAGGGCCAGUUUGAUGAGUUCCAGGAGACGACCAUCGGAGCUGCGUUCCUAGCUCAGUCGGUGUGUUUAGAUGACACCACGGUGAAGUUUGAGAUCUGGGACACCGCAGGACAGGAGCGAUACCACAGCCUGGCCCCCAUGUACUACCGCGGCGCUCAGGCCGCCAUUGUUGUCUUUGACAUCACCAAGCCGGAGACCUUUGAGAGAGCCAAGGCCUGGGUGAAGGAGCUGCAGAGGCAGGCCAGUCCCAACAUUGUUAUUGCUCUGGCCGGGAACAAGGCCGACCUGGCAGAGAGGAGACUAGUAGAGUACGAGGAGGCCCAGACGUAUGCUGAAGACACUGGCCUGCUCUUUAUGGAGACGUCUGCUAAGACAGCCAUGAACGUCAAUGAGCUCUUCCUGGCGAUUGCAAAAAAGAUGCCAAAAACAGACACCCAGAACCCGACACAUGCAGCGCGACACCGGGGCGUGAACCUGCAGGACCCAGACGCCCACUCCACCCGAGCCUGCUGCGGUGGGAACUAGACCUCCACCACUCCCACCAGUACGCCACCAUCCACCCACCACCACAGCCCGUCAACCACCCCGUCUCCUUCUACCAACUUACAGGGGUUGACCCCCCUUCCCCUCCAUUCAUCCUCCUGUCAGAGCAGACAGAAAUACAAAAGGAGAGAAUAAGAGAAAAAGGAAGACACAUUCAUCUGCGUCUCUUGACCAACAGCAGUACACGGGGAGGUAAACUGAGAAUGAGAGGAGGAAAAUAAAGAAUGUGGAAGACAGUGGCAAGCCUGUUGUAGUAUUUAGCACUAAUUGUGAAAUUUUUUUGUUCGUUUUUCUUUCUGCCUUGCAUCAUUUCAGUCACAGCCCUGAUUGCGUAAAAAAAACGUGCACAAAAUGAGCAGCAGACGGGGCCAAGAAAGGAAAGGAGAAAAAAGGGUUAAAACAAAGAAGCCACAUGCUUAGGUUGGGACUGCUUUCUUCUUCUCCCUUUGUCAGAGCUGGCGCCCGCUUGCUUUGCCUCCUAGACCUGAACCAAUGCUGUAAAUGAUGCCACAUAUUGUACUCCUGGAAUGAUCCCAUGGUUUGUAAUCCCUCCCUGUCCUGCCUGACCUCCUUUGGUGUCACUGUUCUGUCCAGGCGCACAUUAGAUUAGACACAGUUUGCCCGACAUGAGUCCAUGUGUACGUAUUUAUUGUGUGUUUUUGACUCCUCUUGUCCAGAUAGAAACUCAUCAUGUGGGUGAAACAGUUAUGAGAUUGCUGAUUUAACUUUGUGUUUCUCGAUAAAACAGACUUGCUUAUUUAAUGAAGGAUUGCUGAAGUGCCGUGUUCAUGAAACAUUUUGGAUUUUUAAUGCCUUGCCUGAGUGGUCAAAAGAAAAUGUAGGGCUGUACCGAGUACUUCAAGUAUUCAUUCAUAACGUUGAAUUCAAAUUAUGCUUUUUUUCAUGUGUGUGCAUGUCUGUUCAUUCGGCUUAAACGUUGCAUUGCUGCACAGUGCAGCUGCAGAUUCAGAUUAGGUUACAUUAAUAUUCAGUUAAAGAAAUGUAAAAGUGAAAUUCAAGCAUUUUCCACCAGACUCCUGGAGCCUUUAACAUCACAUUUAAAUUAUUACCAUAAAUGCAACUUUGAAAAAUAAAAUGUACAGAAUUUAUUUAUACCCACAGCAAUCCAUUUAUAUUGGCACUCCAGACUUUGAAUUUAUGUUUUGAACAUAGUUAUUUAUUGCUUGUGAAUUUCCAAGUUGUUAUCUAGCUAACAAAUGCUGCAACUGGAUUGUUUAAUUUCAAAUAUUCAAAUAUUUUUGGUUCACGUUAAGAUAAAACACAAGAUAAUGUUGAAUAUUAGGUAUUUUUUUAAUUUUUUAAAGGAGUAUAUUCAAAUUUGAGCAUAUUCCCUACCUUCAAAAUAUGAUUAAUUAACAUAAUAUUGCAGUCAAACAGUGUUUUCUCUCCCACUUACUGGACACAAAUUGAGUUGUUUUUUUCUGGAUUUCUUUUUUCUUUUUGUUGACUAAAUCAUAAAAUAUGACAACAGACAUUCAAAGCUUCAUUUGUAGUAUGCAAUAGAAAGCUCUGAAUGUUAACAUUUGGUACAGCCCUAGAAAAAUGUGAAGCACCACAAGCUGUAGCUUCUUACAGCCACUAUAUAGAUUUAUCUGGAGUGUGUGAAGUGUAUGAGCAGAAAACUGUUAGUGCUGACUAAUUACACGUCUGUAGCAGAGAGCAUAUCCCUCAAACCCUCAAAGAAACAAAUACAUGAAGGUCCCUGCAUUAAACAAAUAGUUUAAUAUUCCUCUAACUGUAAAUUAUAAGCAGAUAAAAUAUCUUUGAGAAGGAAUGAAAGGCAGGAUGAUGAGAAAACAAGCUGUAUUUGGCCUGUAGGAGGAAAUCUGCCCAUGCUGUGUUUAAUGUGUCCCUCAUCUGUCUCUUGUCCUGAGGCUGAAGUCGUCAGUGAACAUGAAAUCAUAGUGAUCUGAAAUAGUUUUGACUUAUUCAUUUAAAACUUAAUGCUCUUAAAAACAGAGUUUUGUGCUUGGUUGCUGUCCGAGGCUUGGCUGAAGAAAAUGAGGAAGUGAAUUAAUGAAAACACAAAAAAACAGAAGUGCCUAUUCCCAGUUUUCUUUUUCUGUUAAUCAUGUUUGUGUGCUUCGUAGGUAAAAGUGCAGGAAAAAAACUUUUCCCUGACAUUGGCUUGUACUAUAAACCAAUAACUUGGCACCCUCUCAUUAGGCUAUACUGUAUUGGCUCUUUGUAUGGAUGUAAAGAGAUCUUGUUGAAUACACUGUAUGUUAUAUAUUAUUGUCUUAAUUUCAAUGAAAGUGUAUGUUGAUUUUAGCAGAGCACACAUGUGAACCUGGAAUGGAAAGUUUAAAAAAAAAAGGACUCUAAUCAAUGUUAUAAAUUUGUUUGAUUUAAACAAA